AUGCUGGAGCGCGAAGCGGAGGAAAGGAUCCAAACAUGGGUGAAGAAGGCAGGCAGACAGGAACGCCACUGUUUCCUGUCGCAGCUGGUGAGAGAUCUGGGGAGGCAGUAUGAAGAAGCUAAACAACAACAAGGAUCUGGUGAGUCCAGCUCCUCUGCCUGUCCCCUCUAUCCAAACAGCCUCUUGUUACCUGUGCAGGUGAUAUCAACAGUCAUCAGAGAGGGGAGGAGCUUCAGCGCCAGUGCAGUGCUACAAGCCCCAUCAAUACCAACUAAAGCAGUAUACCCAAAAAAGUCCCCCAAACUGUGGCCAAGGAGGAAUGCUUAUGUGACGCCACUCAAUGGACCGGCCACUUUGUACGGCGAAUGGCCUUUGGUGGGGUCCGAUCCACUGGUGGAGUUCAGUAAACUCCAUUAUCAUUAUGGUCAGGAAGUAAAGAAAGCAAGAGAUGAAUGGCUGAGGAGUCGGCAACCACAGGAGGACAACAGUGAUCGAGAUCUAAUUGACUUGGAGUGA